CACAUCUGGCAUCACUGCAUUUGGCAUCACUAUCGCGAAUCCAUUUUGGUGAUAGGACUCACCACCAUAACCAAUUUAUUUCGGUUACAUUCUUCUCGAUUAGUGUUUCAUUCAUCAAAAACCAAGAAUGAAUAUGGCGAGUGCACCAGGGAAACCGUUUUUCAAGUAUCCUGAAGAGAUUGAACAUGCUUUGAAAAGUAACUUUCGAAUAAUUCUGGUCGAUGGAGUUGUGGAAGGCAGGAAGAAAGAUAAGAAAGCUGUGAGGAAAAUAGAUGAAAAAACAGUUCAGGCAAAGUAUGAUGAAAUGAUUAGCUGGCUGGGAGAAUCACCAAAGGACCAAGUAUUCAGAGUAAAUACUCUUCAAAGGAGAGCUGACAAAGUUAUUGAUCUGAUCAAGGCUACGGAUCCGCGAUCAGAGCUAUAUCAAUUCACUACAUUUCCAAAAGUACCCGAAUUGAUAAUGGUCUUCAAUAAAGAAAGCUCAGAGGGUGUGGAGAACAAGGAAAUUAACGUGAAGGCACAAGAGGCAAUUGUGAAGUGGUCAAGUGGCUCUGCAAUUCUUCGAGGGGGUCACGUCUUUGGUCCAGACAUCAUGGGUCUUAGCAAAA